UAUUAAUUAUUUUAUACGAAAUUAUAUAUAAUAAUACAAACUUAACUACUUUCUUAAUAAUUUUCAUAUAAGUUCUUAAUCGCUGUACACUUAUGCUUCAAUUCGUUUCACUUAUGUCUGAACAUAAAGGCUAUAGCAUCAGUUAGCUUCCCUACAAUUUCAAAUGUCCGGUUCUCUCUUAAUAAUCGAUUAUCGAAGUACUGAAAAAGAUGCAUACACGCAACAUCGUUGAGCUUGCGCUCGACGACCUUGCAAUCAAUGUACCGAGCUUUUGUAAACAGUUGUUUUCAAACUGUCUACGAAUAUGUAUCUCACUAUACUAAAUGAAAGUGAUUAUAGAGCGCGAAAUCUAAAGUAUAAGGAAGACAUCACUUAUGUAACCAAACAUAGCAAAUGGAUUUUGAAAUCUAUCGGUAUUUGGCCAAUAGUUCUAAAGGAUGUUGCAAAAUUUCUACCGAAAAUCUUAAUUGGAAUUACUAAUUUUGUCCUACUUUUCGCCAUUAUACCAUGUAUCCUGUAUAUCAUACUUGAAGAGAAAAAUAAUGUAAUAAAAUUAAAAUUAUGCGGUUUAUUGAUAUUCUGCUCGAUUGCGUUGAUGAAGCACUGGGCGCUCGCCUAUCGCAAACCAAAAAUUAAGAAUUGUAUCGAACAGAUACAAAAUGAUUGGGAACAGGUAAAAUUAUAUGAAGAUCGCGAAAUGAUGCUAAAAUAUGGACAAGUGGGUAGAAAUUUAACAAUAAUUUGUGCUGUUUUUAUGUAUACCGGUGGCGCUAUUUAUCACACAAUUUUGCAAUAUGAAAUCGGUACGUUUAUCGAUGAAUAUAACCAUACAAUCAAACCACUGGUCUAUCCCACAUAUAGCGGCCUAUUUAAUGUUCAAAAAAGUCCUAUUUAUGAAUUAAUAUAUGUUCUUCAUUGCACAUGUGGAUACAUCAUGUAUUCCAUAACUGCUGGUGCUUGUGGAUUAGCCGCACUUUUCGUAACACAUGCUUGUGGACAAAUUGACAUCAUUAUAGCUCGAUUGAAUGAUCUUUUACAUGCCAAAUAUGGCAAAGGAAAAUUUAAUCUGAACGCACGAUUGAUAAAAAUUGUUGAACAUCACUUACAAAUUUUAAGAUUUUCAGCGACAGUACAAGUGAUAUUGCAAGAAGUAUGUUUUUUAGAAUUUAUUGGUUCUAUCUUUUUGAUUUGUUUACUCGAAUAUUAUUGUAUAACGGAUUGGGAAUUAAAUGACAUCAUUAGUCUUACAACAUACAUAAUAUUAUUAAUAUCUCUAACAUUUAAUAUAUUUAUAUUAUGUUAUAUUGGUGAACUUCUAAUGGAAAAGAGCAGCAGCAUUGGAUUAUCCUGUUUUAUGAUUGAUUGGUAUCACUUACCUGUUAAGACAAUUCAAGGACUCAUCCUAAUAAUCGCCAUAUCAAAUAGUCCAACGAAAAUAAGUGCUGGAGGAAUAGUUGAUUUAUCUCUGUUUACUUUUGCAAAUAUUUUAAAGACAUCAUUCGUGUACUUAAAUUUCAUUCGAGCUACAAUCAUAACAGUUGUUUUCGAACUGUCUACGAACAUGCAUCUCACUACAUUAAAUGAGAAUGAUUACAGAGCACGCAAUCUAAAAUACAAGGAAGACAUCGCUUAUAUAACCAAACAUAAUAAGUGGAUUUUGAAAUCCAUCGGUAUUUGGCCAUCAGUUCUUAAGGGUAUAUCAAGAUUUUUACCAAAAGUCGUGUUUGGAUUCAACAACUUUGUCCUACUUUUCUCCGUUAUACCAUGUAUUUUGUACAUCGUAUAUGAAGAAAAAAAUAUUAUGAUAAAAUUUAAAUUAAUCGGUUUAUUGAGUUUUUCUUUGAUUGCAUUGAUAAAAUACUGGACACUCACAUAUCGUAAACCAAGAAUCAAAGAUUGCAUUGAACAAAUAUGGAUUGAUUGGGAACAGGUAGAAUUGCAUGAGGAUCGCAAGGUGAUGUUAAAAUAUGGGCAAAUAGGUCGAAAUUUGACAAUACUUUGUGCCGUUUUUAUAUAUACUGGUGGUAGUAUUUUUCACACGAUCUUACAAUAUAAGAUUGGUACGUUUAUUGAUGAAUAUAAUCGCACGAUCAAACCGGUAGUCUAUCCUACGUACAACGCCCUAUUCGACGUUCAAAGAAGCCCCAUUUACGAAUUAGUGUAUCUUCUUCAUUCCAUUUGUGGAUAUAUAAUGUAUUCAGUAACUGCCGGUUCUUGUGGAUUAACAGCACUUUUCGCAACACAUGUUUGUGGACAAAUUGAUAUCGUUAUAGCUCGAUUAAAUGAUCUUAUACAUGGCAAAUAUACUAAAAAUAUGUUUAAUUUGAACACACGAUUGAUAAAAAUUAUUAAACAUCAUUUGCGAAUAUUAAGAUUUUCAGAGUCUAUAGAAAUGGCACUGCAAGAAUUAUGUUUUCUGGAAUGUAUUGGUUCCACUUUUUUAAUAUGUUUACUUGAAUAUUAUUGUAUAACGGAUUGGGAAUUAAGUAAUACUAUUAGUCUUACUACGUAUACAAUGUUAUUAAUAUCUUUAACAUUUAACAUUUUCAUAUUAUGCUAUAUUGGUGAACGCCUAAUGGAAAAGAGUAGUAGUAUUGGUUUAUCCUGUUUUAUGAUCGAUUGGUUCGAAUUACCGACAAAAACAAUUCAUGAUCUUAUUUUAAUUAUUGCUAUGUCAAAUAGUCCAAUUAAAAUUAGUGCUGGAAGUAUAGUGGAUUUAUCUUUAUAUACUUUUGGAGGCGUUCUCAAAACAUCACUAGCGUAUUUAAGUUUUCUUCGUACUACCAUUAUGUAAUAUAUAUUUUAUAAUUUUUAUAUUAUUUUUAUAGUAUUUGUAGAAGA